AUGUCGAGGAAGAACACUGGUUUCUCCGGGACGGGAGGUGGUGGUGGCGGCGGCGGCUACUACCACCUACCUAUAACCGACAUUGUGAUCACAAAGCGGGAAGGCCAGAAGGUCAAGACUGUGCAGGUUGUCCGUGCCGAUGGUGCCGACGACGAGCUCAUCGAGAUGUCGUACGUCAGCACCAAGGUGAUCGGCAAGGGAACAUUCGGCGUCGUCCAGCAGAUCAAGCUGGUCGACACGGGCGAGGUGUACGCCGUCAAGUGGGUGCGUCAGGACCGCAAGUUCAAGAACCGCGAGCUGCAGAUCAUCCGCUCCCUGUCCCAUCCCAACAUCACGCGGCUCUGCUACUUCUUCUGCACGCUGGACAAGAACAAGGACACCGUCUACCUGAACCUCAUCAUGGAGUACAUUCCCGAGACUGUGCACAGGGUCAUCAUGCACUACAGCCGGAACAAGCACACCUUCCCGCUCUUUUUUAUCAAGCUCUACAUGUACCAGGUUCUGAGGGGACUGGCGUACAUCCACAUGCUGGGCAUCUGCCACAGGGACAUCAAGCCCCAAAACUUGCUGUGCGACCCCGACAAGUGCAUCGUCAAGGUAUGCGACUUCGGCUCAGCCAAGAUUCUCAUCAAAGAUGAACCGAACGUGGCGUACAUCUGCUCCCGCUACUACCGAGCCCCCGAACUCAUCCUGGGCGCGACUGAGUACACGACAAUGGUCGAUGUCUGGUCGGCCGGCUGUGUUCUCGCCGAGUUCUUCAUCGCGAGACCCGUGUUCCCGGGUGACAGCAACCUGGACCAGUUCUCCGAGAUCAUGCGCGUCCUAGGCACGCCCACCGAGGAGCAGGUUCUCCAGAUGAACCCCAACUGGACCGAAUGCCGGUUCCCAAAGCGCAAGGCGCAGGCCUGGGACAAGGUUCUCGAUGGCAAAGGCACGCCCAAGGCAAUCGAUCUUCUGGCUAGGCUUCUGGACUACGUGCCCACUAAAAGAAUGACCUGCUUCGACGGCAUGGCGCAUGCCUUCUUCGACGACCUGCGUCUCGCGGGGGCCACGCUGCCUGACGGCGGACCCUUACCGCCCCUGUUCAACUUCUCGGCCGAGGAGCUCCAGGUCAAUCCGGCCAUCAAUCAUCUACUACGGCCACAGCACGCUGGCGGUGCCAGCAACACCAUGUCCAGGAAAUCUUCGUUACCCCGGAAGUGACAACCGCCUGUCCUGUCCGAGCUAGAUUUUUUUGUCCUCUUGCAUGCUGGGGCCUUGUUCAAUUCUGGAUAGGAGUGGACCGACUGGGCUCAGUUAAAUCGUCCAAGGCUUUUGUACCAAAAAAACACCAGGCCCGGAAACAUUUUAUCUCUUGGUGUUCUCUUCUAUCACAAUGUGGCUCUCUUGUCGCUUUUCUUUUCUUUUUAAUCCGCCCUGCGCCAUUAAUUGGCCGACUAUCUUGAUGUCAACAAGAGAAGGAAGAACAUGUGAGAAAUAAGUACAGCGCCUCACUCAUGGUUCAGCGGUGAGUUUCUUUGAGACUGGCGCGAGUACAGGUCGGCCACUGUGUUGCGGGAUGACUAUAGCCAGAACCGAGGGGCAAGUGGUGUCUUACCUGUGUAUAAAAUGCAUGCUCUUUCACUCUCACCUCUUCCUGGUUGCAAGUUGUCGAAACUACGUGUGUGAUUCACAGUGUAGUGCGUGUCUUAUGUCAUUUUUAAGUCGCCAGCAAAAUUGCCCAUUUCAUGCCAAUAUGCGCACAGACGCGAUAAAACGCACAGAUUUUAUUCCCACUAGUACCCUGUUCUUGUAAACUCUGAUCAUCUUAUCCGUGACGAAACUGCUUACAUGCCAGAAAAAUAAAAAUCAGUACAACUUGUC